GUUCAUACGUAGAGAGAGAAAGACAUACAAACAGAUAGAUGGACAGGGAAAAGAUUGCUUAAUUAAAUAUUCUUCUAUAAUUUUUAAAUAUUACAGAGGAAGAGAGAGAGAGAGAUGGAGAGUAGAGAGAGAAAGUAAAACCUUGGAUCCACAAAUCUGCUUUCUCCCUCUCUCUAUCUCUCUCCCCUUCACUAUACAAAACGCUCUCUCGCUGUCAUUCCUUUUCCCCUCCUCUUUUUCGAUCUCCGGCGAUGGGAGCCCGUUGCUCCAAAUUAUCCCUCUGCUGGUGGCACUCUAAUCUCAAAUCCACCUCAUUCGAAUCCUCCGAUCUCGAGAACGGGGGCAAAAACGACCGCGACUCCUUGCCUGGUUUCAGUGAGUACAGCUUGGAGCAACUCAGGGCUGCCACCGCUGGUUUCUCCGUCGAUAACAUCGUCUCCGAGCAUGGAGAGAAAGCUCCUAAUGUUGUUUAUAAAGGAAGGCUCGAGAACGAUCGUUGGAUCGCCGUCAAGCGUUUCAACAAGUCCGCGUGGCCUGAUGCUCGCCAAUUCAUCGAGGAAGCCAGAGCGGUAGGUCAGCUUCGGAAUGACCGGUUGGCGAACUUGAUUGGAUGUUGCUAUGAAGGAGAUGAGAGGUUACUCGUUGCCGAGUUCAUGCCGAAUGAAACCCUUUCUAAGCAUCUCUUCCAUUGGGAGGCCCAGCCAAUGAAAUGGGCCAUGAGGUUGAGAGUUGCCUUGUAUUUGGCACAAGCCUUGGAAUAUUGCAGCAGCAAAGGCCGGGCAUUAUAUCAUGACCUUAACGCUUAUCGGGUGUUGUUUGAUAAGGAUGGUAAUCCCAGGCUCUCGUGCUUUGGCCUCAUGAAGAAUAGCAGAGACGGCAAGAGCUACAGUACAAAUUUGGCUUUUACCCCCCCAGAAUACUUGAGGACAGGUAGAGUGAUACCAGAAAGUGUAGUUUACAGUUUUGGUACUCUUUUGCUUGAUCUCCUCAGUGGGAAACACAUCCCCCCUAGCCAUGCACUAGACUUAAUACGUGGAAAGAAUUUUCUGAUGUUGAUAGAUUCUUGUUUGGAGGGCCACUUCUCUAAUGAUGAUGGAACUGAAUUAGUGCGCUUAGCUUCUCGUUGUUUACAGUAUGAACCUCGUGAAAGGCCAAAUGCAAAGACCCUUGUGACUGCUCUGACUUCACUUCAGAAAGAAACAGAGGUGCCUUCAUAUACCUUGAUGGGUAUUCCACAUGGAACAGCAUCCCCAGUGCAGUUGUUGUUGACACCUUUAGGUGAAGCAUGCUCCAGAAUGGACCUCACUGCCAUACAUGAAAUAUUAGAGAAAAUUGGAUAUAAAGAUGAUGAAGGGGUUGCCAAUGAGCUUUCUUUUCAAAUGUGGACCAAUCAAAUGCAAGAAACUUUAAAUUCUAAAAAACAGGGUGAUGCUGCUUUUCGUGCAAAAGACUUUGCAACUGCCAUUGAUUGUUAUACACAGUUCAUUGAUGGUGGGACUAUGGUAUCACCAACCGUGUUUGCUAGACGCUGCUUAUCAUACCUAAUGAGUGACAUGCCACAAGAAGCUCUUGGAGAUGCCAUGCAAGCCCAGGUGGUAUCUCCUGAGUGGCCAACCGCCUUUUAUCUUCAAGCGGCUGCCCUCUUCAGCCUUGGUAUGGAUACUGAUGCUCAAGAGACUCUCAAGGAUGGCACAGCUUUGGAGGCGAAAAGGAACAGCAGAAACUAAAAGUGUAUAGGUUUUCCUUUUCUUUUUUUUUUUUUUUUUUCUGGUCCAUUUCUUCUCUGCUUAGCUUUUGGUCUUUUUUGUUCUUCACUCUCUUGUAUUUAUCUUCUUCCAUUUUUUAAAUCUUUUUUAAUUCUGAGUUUUUGAUACACGAGGAUUCUUCUGAAAAUCUUUUGUUGGUGCUUAUGUCCAUCCUACGUUCUCACUUUUUAAGCUAUUCUCUAGUGUGCCCUUCCGCGAGAAGGGGGGUUGGACGCUUUGGUCUCAUCUCACUUUUAGAAGUACCAAAAAAUAUCAUACUUUUGUGCUGCCUCCUA